UGGCUCAAGACCUUGUCCUUGGCCAAACGUCAUGGCGAAGCGAGUGCGACGUGCCGUUGGGCUGCUGGCCCUGUUUUGGGCUCCUGCCUUUUUGGCGCCGAAGGCACCGGCGCCUAGCGAUAGCGGCUCGGACGCUCCCCUUGGCUUCCCCCGCCGCAGCUUGGGCCUCCUGGGCCUGUUGCCGGGCUUGGGCAGUUCGCCCGUGCGCGCGGAGCAGGGGUGGCAGCUCAAGUUGCCCAGGACUUGGCGGACAUUCGAGCAAAACGCUCAGCCCCCGCCGGACGUCAAGAAGGCCACGGCCCUGGUGGUGGCUGGCAAUCCGAACCAAGGCGCCGAGCUGGUGGUGCUUCGGGUUCCCCUCUCCUUAGAUCCAGCAGAUCCCAACGCCAAGCUCAACCAGGACCUGGUGAAAUUCUUCACGACCAAGACGGACCAGAAGAGCAGCGUCUCAGUGGACAGUGCAGCGUAUGUGCUGGCUUCUUCCCAGAAGACGGCACCCGGCCUCACCAAGUGGGAGUUCCUCGAGAAGCCCUCUGAGAAGGUCCUGUACAAGCGCCGCUACAUCAAAUACGACUACGAAGCCAGCAUUUGUCCUGGUGUUGUGACCAAAGGCAGCAAGGGCGACACUUGCAUGGCCAUUGAGGACACCUCGGAGCUACCGCUCUAUGAGCGCCGGCACCGGAUUCUGUUCACGGUCACGGAUGAGGGCGCCAGCGCGCGGGGAGAGAAGGAUCCGACCUACUACAUUUGGCUCUUGGACAUCUCUGGCCCAGCCUCCGAUGCCAGAAACAACUGGGGAGAGCUGAAGGAGGCCAUCACCGAGGUGGCAGACUCCUUCCUGUUGUCUGACAGUGAGCAGGAGUUGGAAAAGGCUCGCACAGCAGAGGUGACGCCCGAGCAGUUGAAGGCCCUGGAACAGUUGAAGAAGGAGGGUGCUUUGCCGGAGGAACGCUUUUAGAGUGGGGAGCACGAGCAUGUUGGACGUCCGGGGCGUGGCUGUACAUAUGAGGGUCCUGAGGGCGGCUCCCGAGGGCGAUUGGCGCUGGGCAUGGUUUCAGGUCAUGUCACCGGUCUCAAGAAACACAUGCCAAUGUGAAGAAACACGGCAGGGGCUCUUC